AUGAUUCUAACUAUAUAUAUAUAUAUAUAUAUAUAUUCUAAAAGAUUUUUGUUUUUUCUUCAGGGAGCUGGUUGCACAGCCUUACUAGUAGCAGUAGUAUCAAGAAAACUAGAGCUAACGAGAGCUGAGAAACAUUUGAAAAAUGCGGCCGCUAACGUUUUAAGAGAAACCUGGUUGAUCUACAAACAUACAAGGCUAGUGAAAAGAGUAAAUCCAGGUAGAGUAAGAACCCAUCAAAGGAAAUUUUUACUUGCUAUAUAUGCGCUAAGAAAAGUUAAAAUGGACCAACGUAAGUUAAUGGAUAACGCCAAUACCAUAACCGACAUGGCCAAGGUAAGUUUUAUAUUUCAUCUGUUACUCAUACAAAAAUAG